AGAGGCACACCGGUAUGAACGGUGAUGCUGUAGCACAUGGAUAGUGUGAGAGGACUCUUGGCUGCCUCUGUAAUUUCCAUCCAGAACUCCUGCUUCGUCUAUCCUGCCUGUCAAAACUGCUUUUCUAGGCUGAUACUGGAUUCUAGGAGGUUUAACUGUCCAAAGUGUGGCUGCACAGGUGAAGCUAAAGAUGCAAGCUACAGAUACAGAUUGUCCCUGAAGAUUGCUGACACUAAUGAUUUGUUUGACAUCACUGUGUUUGGGAGUUGCUUAGAUCCAUUCUUUGGGGUCACCGCAGAGAAUCUGCAGAGGUAUGUUCAAGACUUCAAUCAGGUGUCAGGAGAAACAAACACAGAUGCAUCUCAAGCAAUGCUGGUUCAAGCAGUGGAAACCUGUUUCAUUGGAAAAAGAUUUAUAUUUGGAGUGAAGCGUUGGGCAAGGGAAGAUGGAGGCCAUUCUGCUGCCAGCAGCAUCUUGCAGAACUGCUCCAAAAUUAAUAGAAGUACAAAAACCCUUACAGCUUGCCAGCUCUUCCUGCCAAACACUGCUGUUACUGGCUUUACAGUUAUCAGCUACUUCCAUCGGCUCCUGCAGUCAGCAAAACUCAGGAGCUGUAGUAACAGCUCAGAUUUACCUAACACAGCAGCAGCUGCAGCAGAUGAACCUGUCAGUGAGCUCAGCAGCUUGUCUAGCCCGAGCAGAAACUCCUGCUCUGUUCAGUCUAGUGGCAGAGAAAGUCCUUUAAGGUCCUGGCAGGAGUCCUUGAGCCUGACUUCAUCUGUUGCUUGGGUAACAGCAGAAGACUUUUCCACUCUGGAAGUGGAAAAGCUGGUGAGUGAACAGCAUGACCAAGAGGGGAGGCCUGUCCCUGCAGAAUCCUGCCGUGUGAGCCUCAACAAUCAAACUCUCUGGGAUUCACCAUUUUGCAGCUCUGCUGUGAAGGAAGGGGAUAAAGAGGAACAUAAUGAGUUGAGUUCACAGCCUAGUCAGAGUGACAGCAUCUCUGCAACUGAUGAAUUAGAGAGAAUAUCCUCUUCAGAGGCUGAGUGUUCACAUGGAAACAGUUCCAGUUUGUUACAACAUCCCUUGGAAUCUGGGGUACAGAGCACUUACCCAAAGACUGAUGGUAGAAAUUAUUCUUGCCCAGAAAAAUCCCACAACCCCCUUUUAUACAAGAAAGAUGCCUCAGCUUCUAGUCACGUAAAUGUGACUGGAGUGUCUCAGAUGGAUUCUGUGCUGUGGGAUGAGCUCGCGUUCUCAGAAAGCCUAAAUGAAUUCUUAGCUAGAAUAGAAGAAGGCAAAAACAUCAUAACAUCACCCAACCCAGAUGCAGGCAAACAUCCUGAAAGGAGCAGGUUGGGUGCAAAUCUUAAUGAAUCAUGUCUCGGGCAAACCCAUGUAGCUGCUGAUUUGCCUGAAGCAAGUGUCUCCAGGAAGGUCUUGCCACCAGCAGACAGUGAUAGUUGGGAGAAUGUAUUGUUUGCUUGUCUUCAGUCACAUGUACAUCCUCAGAGUGAUGAGGUGGCACAAUGUGAGUUUUCCUGUAGUGUUUUAUCUGACAAAGAAUCUUGCUUUAUACCUAACCCUCGCCUACCUAUUCUGUCACAGUCCUUGCCAGUUACACCAGAGCCUUCUGUUUCUGAGAGCAGAUACAUGCAGUCCAAAGCAGCAAAUAUUGACAUUUCAAAGUCAUCUUGCUCUUUUAUUAAUCACUGUGCUGCUAAACGUGGAGAAAUCUGUUUAAAGAGGAGUGAGGCAGCUCCCUGUGUGCAUUCUGCACAUGGCAGCUGCUUAGCUGGUUGGAGAAACAAAGAAAACUCUUAUGCUACACCAAGCCAAAGACCAGAUCUUACACUCACAGGGAGAUGGGAUUCUGAUGCAGCAACUCCCAGCAAUACAAGAAGGAUUUAUGAAAGACAAUUAAAGCCAUUGACAGAAGUGUCAGAAAACACCUUCAAAAGCGUUAACAGGAGAGAGACGCUGUGGAACAGCAUCUUCCCUGAAGGCAGCUAUGAUGCUUCUGCUGAUCUCUUUGAUGCAAGUGCAAGAGAAAAGAAAUCAUGUAAUUCUUUAAUAAAGGAAGAUGAUACUUUGACAGACAAGGUCACAGCUCCUGAAUUAGUGCUUUAUGCUGGAGAUGUUCCCUGUAACACUUCAAAACGCAUCUCAUCCCAACACAGGUUCCCUCGUGCUUUUAGGAAGCACAGUACACCAGUAACAUCCUCCUUUUGUGAUGCACAGUGCAAUUCAAUCAGCGCUCAAGACUUUGUUCCUUAUUCACAGUCCACUCCUAUGGCAAAACCUCUUCAGAAGCUGUGGCCUGUUGGGGAAAGAAGCUCUUUUGUCGCUCUCUUCACCCCUACAAAUCCCAGGAAGAUCCAUUCCAAAUGCAAACGAUCUAGGUCUGCCUUUCAGAACACUCUGCUGCAGCAGCUUACUGGCAGGUUAGUGAAACGUGAAAGGCCAAGUAAUAGUGAAGAUGAGGAAAGUAAUAGCUCUGUAUCACAGCAGUUCCUUAACAGCCAGCUGCCUGCCAGCUGUGAGGAGUGGAUCCCUCCUUCUGCAAACAAAAGGUUGAAGCCAUCUGCAUCUUUACAGUUAAAAGCAGUUGGGCUGGCUCCUGAUGUGCAGGUGAGCUGUGGGUACACUGAUAGGAACCCUGCUUCUGAGAGCAAAAACAGUGAGAAUGAUGCAUGCUUCCAAAAUGAGAGACUAAACCCUGGGGACACAGCCUGGAUUCUAACAACUCCUGCAUCUGCUGGUGUCACCAAGGCCUUGUUCUUCAAUGAAACUUGUUCUCCUUUCGAAGACAAGACUCUCCUCUCAAGUGCAAGUUACAUAGGAAAGAUAUCUGGAAGGGCUGCUGGCUGGUCUCCGGAGUUGUUCUUCCAAGCACAAACCCCUUUUUCCCAUAAUCCAGAACACUAAAACCCGAUAUAUUUAUGCUGUAUUCUUUUAAAUUACUUGUAAAACUUUUGGGAAGGAGCCAGAAGAAAAAAAGCUAUUUAAUAACUGUUUAUACACCUAUUGGCAUAUGUCUUCCUAAGGUGAGUUGUGUUUAUUUGCUGAUCUUUGUACCACAGAGAUGGGGGAAAACGGAAUUUGCAGUAAAUGAACUCUAGAAUGUGCAAUAAAGACUUUUGUAAAUGGGUAUUUAAUAGCUGUCAUUAUAUCAAGUACAGGCAGGUGAAGUGUUGUAGCAUGCAGUGUUGUCUUUUCAUCUGAGAAGAGCCCUGGAAUCUCUGUCCACUCCAGAUUCUCACCUGAUGACUCUGCGCGGAACAGUUUCCUCAACGAAUAUCAAAUACCAUAUGGGAGCUUGGUAUGUGAGCCCGCUCUGGCAGCAGUGAGCUGGGUGGAGAGGACCCUCCUGAGAGGUUGGUAGCAGCUCUCAUCUUUCCUGGAGGCUUUGUCAAGUUCAGGUGGCUUUGUCAAGUGGUGCAUUCCUGACACUUCUUUCAUUUUCCUUGCUUUGGCAUCUUCCAAAUCCUCCACCCAGAACAGCUCUAUUUGGGAUCACCGAACAGAGAAAUCUUGGAGCUGUGCCUGUUGAAGAAGGUGCUGCAGAAGCAUGUGGGGACCUGAUGGCACAGGAUUUCAUCAGCCUGAAAAUGCUGGCUUGGAGGACCAGAAGCAGGCCUCAAAUUCAUAGAAUCAUAUAGAAUCAUUGAACAAUGGUUUGGGUUGGAAGGGAUCUUAAAGCUCAUCCAGUUCCAACCCCUAUGCCUGUGCUUACAAUGCUAUGCCUGGUCAGAAGAUGUUAUUGAUUGCACAUAAAAUCCUACUUGAUAAAUCUGUUAGGGGUAAAAGGAGUAAGAAAUGUAGCCUGCCUGGAAAUGGUAAAUCUAUGUUUAUAGUUUAAGUAGAAGAAAUAAAGGAGAAGACAGCAUUACUCAUACCCAAAUCACUGAGCACAGGGAAAAGCAAUAUUGAAAAGGUUUUAAGACAUCAGUGCUCAAACACAUACAACAUUAAACUAGUUGUUUCUACUACAGCCUCCCAGAUAAUAUGAGACUGCAGCAUCAGUGGCUCUUUAAGCACUCCUUUGUGAUGAACUGGAUGAGCACUCACUUUAUCAUGGGGGUUAGAGCUGGUCCAAGUGGUACCCAGAGACUUGCUGCAGCUAGCGCUGAACCGCUGCCAGAGCUUCUACAUCAUAGACCUGACAGCAUCUUGACAUGAAAUGUUUGGUCCAGCAUGAGUGAUUCUAUUAGGCAGGCAAUUCAUCUGCACUCUAUGGUAAGCGAUAGCUCUGGCGCAAGCUAAUGUGAUUGUAAUUAUAAGCUUGCACAAAAAGAAUAAAGCUCAGCAUGUUUCAUUCUGAAGGUAAUAGGGCUCCUGAAAACGCA